AAGAAGAAGAAGAGAUGUCUUCUUCGUCUCGCAGCCUACACGGUUGCGAUGUCGUCUUCUGAUGAAUAUUUUGGAGAUUUAUUGUCCCGUUUCAGGCAAAGCUUAUGGGAUCUGAAGGGUGUGGUGGAGUUAGGGUUUCGUCGAAUAAAACAGCAGACAACAACUGUGAGAAGAUUGACCGUUCAAUUAGUAAAAAAGGAGGAGGGAGUAGCAGUGGGGUUUCAGAUCCAUCGCUAUGGAGGAAGUUAAUGCACUCACACGACUUUGUACAUGAUAGGCUUACUAAACCCCGAGUUGAAACUUCUUCUUCUUCCGAGCCUCAGAACAACGGUGGUUAUAUACCGAGUCCUGAAAGUGCUGAGUCUUCUAGGAAAAGAGGGAAGCUUUCGAGGAGUGGUAGUAGUAACCUUACUUCCAAAAGGUCUAGAUUGAUUCUUUUAGAUGACACUGUGAGAGAGAAUGACUCCAAGGAGAUGUGUGGUGGACAAGGAUCUACUCACUCAGAUAAACCCUUAAUAGUGAAGCAAAGGAGCAGCUGUAAUGGCAAGCGGAGUGAUAGGAGGAACCCUAAAGUUCCCACUAGAACUUUUUCAACCGUUAAUACUGCCACUGGCGAGAAUGCAUUUUUCGGUGCCUAUGGCUUGAAGCCUGAAAUAAAUGAUGUUACCAAACUCGUUGAAGAUUUGUCAUUGAACAAGCUUCUUGAAGGCUCUUAUGAGUGUCCUUCUUUGGGCAAAGACAAAAUGAAGAAACCGGAGAAUAGUAACGACACUUUGCUGAGUGUAGUCAGAAAUGUUUGGUCUGUUCUUCCAACUAGAAGGCCUGUUCAAUCACAAAGCUCUGCUGAAUUGGACGCUUGCAUUAGCAGAUCCCUGGAGUCGCCUAGCUCUAUCUCUGCCACUGUAAAUGGUGAAAACAGCGUUAAAGUAAAUGCUCUUGAUGGAGAUCUAUCCCCAUCUUCUAAGGAUCAUUGUGUCAAUGCUGAGAUUCCUUCCACACCUCUUAAUUUUCCAUUAUGCGAGUCUAGCGUUGUAUUGAAAAGAUUAGGCCUUCCUCCGCCGAAAGAUUUAGACACUCUGCUCCAAGAUGCUUCAAAACCUUCUCAGAACUCUAAGAACAUGCCAGAUCAGCAGCGUUCAGCUAAACAACCACCUCAACAUGGCGGAUUGCCAUAUUUCCCUUGGUCACAGGCUUAUAAUGCGAGCUCUAGAACCAACUCAGAAGCUGCAAAGCUUCUUACCGGAAAAACACUUUGUCAAGGACGAUGGCUAAGAAUAGCCGACACUUCUAUAAGCUCCAACGAGAGUAUAACCGAUCUUUCCGCAAAUCUGGAUUCACUCACUUUCAACCAAAGCUUAGUCCUUGCACUACCUUUUGCUGGAACUAAGACCUCUCAGGCAAUUUUGGCUAACACCACUUCCUGCCAGUGUGCAGAAGCAUCUGUGUCUACCUUUCAAAAAGCGUCGUGUGUUCCUACAGAAGCAGAUGGCUCUCGAGAUGUUCAAGACGAUGCUCGAUCCUGUCCUCAGCUUCUAGCAGCUGCUCAAACACUUUGUGACUUUGCAGUCCAAUCCGGAAACCACAGCAAUCCAAACGGAAUCCUCAGGUGGCCAACGAAGCUUUCUCAGAAGUCAAUGAAAGCCCGCAAAUCCAAACUAAUAGAAACGCCUCUUGAAAGACACCACGGAACAACUGAAUCAUCCUCCUUACAUCUUAUCUCAAGCAGCAAGAAGAACAACCACGUUAGAAAAGAUUCCGCAACAGUGCAUAAUCAUCAUGAUCGUCAUCAUCUUCCUAAGCCUUCAAAGAGACUUAAACUAUCGACAAUGGAGAACAAGAACGGAUCAUUCCCAAGCUCAUCCUCAUCUGCAAUAGAGUCACAUAGAAAACAUUCAUCUUCAAGCAAGUUCAAGAAUCAUUCCCGUAUGAUGAUGCCACCGCCUCCACCACCAACGAGAACACUCCAAAAGUCUUCCACUUAUCCUAAGAAAGCUCGGAGGUUUCCAUGAAUAGGUUGAUAGAUCCAUAUAGAACCUAUCAAGGGGGACAAAAACCACGUCUUAGAGUCGUCUGUAGAUAUGAAUGUUGUUACGGUGUAAGGUAAGUUCUUCUCUAUUUGCACAGUGUAGGAGGUGCAGAAGACCAUAUAUAGUUUAUAUAUGUAUUGCCUUCAAUGUUGUAACAUUUUUUCUUUCGUUUGUAGUUGUAGCCACACAGUUCUUUAAGGUCUGUUGUGUUUAAAGAUUAUUAAUUCUACGAGGUUAAUGAUAUAAAUCCCAACUUCAGUAUCUUUGUAUUAGUUAU